AUGGAUGCGAACCAGCUUGUACUCCAACUUGAGGAGGUAGUGAGCAGGAUUCAGAAGUUGUCCAUUCAAUCGGCCGAGUUGCUGGACCGUCAAGAUGUUGGCUACCUUGAGGGCGAUGAUGUGGAUUCUAGCAUGGACCCGAACGAUGUGGUUCCUUAUGACUACAUUGAGGGUGAUGAUGUUGGCCACAUUGAGGGUGAUGACUGCGCGUCCGCGGGGUUUGGAGAAGAAGAAUUAGCUCGUUUCCCCGUGGAUGACAUCACAGAAAGCAAGUAUGAAAGAACCUGGUCACCCGACGACGAGGUGGCCAUCCUCGAUGCCCUCCGCCCGCGCCGCGGGCGCCGUCAAGACGCUCUGCCGCACGGCGUCGACCUUGUCAUGGCCGUAUUGGAUCUUGAAACCAAGAUCCACGCUCUCAGGCGGCGGUUCGAGGAGAACGACGCGGCGCUCUGCGCCGGCAGCGGCGGCCCCGCCCCGGGGCAUGACCUCCGGCUGUACACCCUCUCCCUCGACGUUUGGGGCGCCGCUGUCACUCCCACUGCCGCGCCAAAACCCGCUGCGCCCGCUCCAGCACCAGCGCCGGCAAUGAAAAAGAAGCCGGCUCCGCCCGCUUACCGCGGCCGUGUGACCGCCCCGGCGCCGAGGAGGCGGCGGUACGAGGAGAUGCGGCAGCAGUGCCCAAAUCUGGCGGGGUUGUUGGAGGAGCUGAUGAAGAAGGCUAUGGAGGGCGUCAGCGACAUCGCGGCGUGGUCCAUGGAGUUGAGGAUGAAGAACCAGCAGCUCGUCGGUGGUGUGGCGGUGGCGCGCGCCGACGACCGGGUGAAGGACCUGACCAGCCUGAUCAAGCGCCUUGUUUGAGCCAUUGAUCUCCUGGUAUUGCUUCUUUUGGGGAUGAUGGUAUCUUGGUAGGGAACUAGUAACAAUCUUAUUUAGUAAUUGGGUUGGUAUGAAAUUAGUAACAAUCUGGAUAGUAAUUGGAUUUUGAGUUCCUCGAAUUUUCGUUUAAGAUCAUGCCUCUAGUUGAUUUUUCUGCCAGUGGCCAGGAUUUGCUGUAGCGAGUCCUGUGAAGUUUUAAUAUUGUGCCAUGAUCUGCUUAGUUAGUUAUGUGGAGACUAGGACCUAGCAAAAUGUUUUAUGUGAUAUAUUCUGGAUAAUAUAGUGAUCGUAGUUGUUCAAUUGCCAGUACAGAAAUUGAGCACCAUA